AUGGAUAAAAAACGGUGUAACAAUUUUACAUCAACUGAAACUGACAUUUUAGUGGGUUUAGUGGAGGACUUUGAAGAUAUUCUUGAGUGUAAGAAAACUGACACCGUCACCAAUUCCAUGAAGGAGGCAGAAUGGCAGAAAAUGGAGUCAAGAUUCAAUGCCCUAUCUGGAACAGCCAGAACGGCGAAAAUGUUAAGAAGCAAAUGGAAAAAAAUCAAAAAAGAGUUUGCAGAGCACAAACAAAGUUUGUACAAAACUGGUGGUGGACCAGGAUGCUUUGGAGAUUUUGAUGGAAUUACUAAUCGUGUCCUAGCUAUAGUCGGUGUUGGAGCUACAGGAACUACUUCUAGAUUUGAUUCUGAUCUUGAUCCUAGUCUAGAUACUCCAGUCACGGAAGCUAUAGACAUACCUAGCGCUCAAGAAUCAGAAUCGACAGUUUCUGUACUAGCUAUAGAAAUAAAUCCUUCACCUGAGAAUAUAACAACUGAAGAUAUCUAUGAGCCCUCAUGCAGUUGGAAGAACUGGAAUCCGCAGCAGUUGAGGCAGCCUAAAACCAAAGCCUUGCAAAUUUCUGGUAAGGAAGAACUUUUAAAUUUGGUCGAAAAGACUAAUACUGAUUUUUUUUAUGUUGCAGAAAACAAAGCUGUUUCUAUGACCGUUGAUGACGAAAAAAUUGUAUGUCAAAAAGAUGAAUUGGCCACCAGGACUCCACUUACUUUGGAAACACCACAAUGUUCUACCAUUAACAAGAGGAAGAGGGUUUAUAAAGUAGAACCAAUUCCUACAAAAAUCAGGUCCACAAAAACUCGUUACGAACAACUACAAGAAGAGCUAGUUCUAAAAAAAAUGGCACUGAUCGAUCUUCAAAUGAAAGUCAUCGAAGAAGAAAGGGAAGAGAAGAGGGCACUUUUUGAGCUCCAAAAAGAGGAAGCUAUACAAAAAACGAAGCAAAGUGCUGAAAAGCACGAACUAGAAAUUAAAGUUUUGUUGGCAGAUUUGCAAGGAAAAAUAAAUUGA